ACAGUAUACGUAGAUUUGUAAACAUGGCGGAAGUUCGGAGGCGUCUACGUGAGCAGGAAGAAAUGCGCUGGGCUCCGAAUGAAGCAAUGUGAGGAGGGGGAUGAAGAGGAGGGGAUGGCGGACCAGAGUCUAUCGGCACUCGUAAAGCUUUUGGCCGCAGCCUUUUACGGAAUUAGCUCUUUUUUCAUAGUGGUAGUGAAUAAAAGCGUCCUGACCAAUUACAGGUUCCCCUCGUCAAUAUGUGUUGGCAUUGGUCAGAUGCUGGCAACAGUGGUUGUGUUACGGGUGGGAAAGGCCCUCCGGGUGAUCACCUUCCCUGAGUUUGAUAGGAGCAUACCCAGGAAGACAUUUCCUCUACCUCUUCUUUAUGUAGGAAAUCAAAUAACGGGACUCUUUGGAACAAAAAGGCUUAACCUGCCCAUGUUUACAGUAUUGAGGAGGUUUUCUAUUUUAUUUACUAUGCUUGCAGAGGGGUUUUUGUUGAAGAAGAAAUUCUCUCGACCAGUUCAGCUCACAGUAUUUACUAUGAUACUUGGGGCCUUUGUCGCAGCAAGUGCUGAUUUGGCCUUUGACCUGCAAGGGUACGUGUUCAUCUUAAUGAACGAUGUCUUAACUGCUGCCAAUGGGGCGUUUGUGAAACAGAAACUUGACUCCAAGGAGCUGGGCAAGUAUGGCCUGCUCUAUUACAAUGCUUUAUUUAUGAUUCUUCCAACUCUACUUUUGGCACAUGUCACUGGGGACAUGGAUAAGGCUUUUGAUUAUGAAGGUUGGUCCGACAAGCUAUUUAUAGGUCAAUUUAUUCUUUCUUGUAUUAUGGGGUUUGUUUUAAUGUACUCCACUGUACUUUGCACUCAGUAUAAUUCUGCACUCACUACUACCAUCGUGGGCUGCCUAAAAAAUAUAUUAGUGACAUACAUUGGAAUGGUGUUCGGGGGGGAUUACAUUUUCUCAUGGGCAAACUUCAUUGGUCUGAACAUCAGUAUUGCUGGCAGUCUGGUGUACUCGUACAUUACCUUCACAGAGGAGCAGACCACCAAACAGAGCGAGAACGCUAACAAACUGGAGGUCAAAGGGAAAGUGGCUGUAUGACCGGUGCUCGGACACUUUCAUUACGCACAGAACUGCGUCAUUGAGUUUUAAGAAGUAGCCAGAGAACUCAAGUCUGACAGGUCUUUUUGUGACAUGAAGAUGUUGACUGUGAAGAACAUCUUGUUAAAGGAAACAUACAGCAGGAACAGACUAGAAUUGGUUUGUUUUCACUCCUAUGAAGGAAUUGUGCAGUCUGAGUUUAUGUCCUAAACAAACUGCUUUUCUAAGAUUUGGGCUGCUGUUGAACUUGACACAAAUUGGGAAUAAUGACUGUCGUCAGUGUUGAAACAGCUGUUGUAUUACCUAUUGAAGAGUGCUUUUAGUUAGUUAGUACAGCUACUAUUUAUUUUAAUGGGAGUUUUUUAGAUUUUAGUACAUUUUUAUGUUUUUUAGUUUAAAAAGGGAGAGGUAUUUGUUAUGAUGUUUAAAGGGUUUUGCGACAGUUCUGGUACGCUGUUACAACACAACUUGAACUUUUAAGUGUUUUCUUCACAAGUUUCAGGAAUGUUCAUUUACAGCCUGAAUGAUAAAUGAGAAAGCGAGUGAAAGUACGGUAUGCACGCACAACUAAUCAUCAUGUGAUUCAUUUUUUUUUUUCAAAACAUACUUUAAAGCUUUUCUUAGUGUCCACAGUGUUACGAAAUUGGACAUUUUACCGGAAACUGAACUGCUUUUUUUCUAUACGAGAGGUUUGCAGUAACUCCGUUUGUUUUGUACUGAUGGAAUCAUGGUUAUUGUAAAAAAAAAAGAAAUGGUGUAGUAAUCGCACUUUAACAGUUUACAGAUUUUAUCAGUUUUGUCACAUUUGAUAUUUGUUAGUAAUUAUAAUACAAGGUACAAGAACGUUUUAGUAUUUUGAUCAAAAUGUCAAAUGUGGCUGUAUUUGGAAUAAAUCAGAAAAAGAAUGUACGAGAUAUUUAAGUCUGAUGUUUGUAUUUUUUGACCAGUUCAAAAUACCAGUCUGAUAAUGACAUCACAGGUUUAUUCUCAGUUUUUGCUGUUAUACAUCUCUAUUCUGAGAUUAUUAAAUGAUCACGUCUAUUCGCAUUCAUUAAUGGCAAUUUUAGAACAUAUAAACUUGUUUAGAAAUUCUCAUUUUAUCGAAAGGCUUCAUGGCACUGAUGCUAUUCAAAGACCUACUGUUAUUGCAAACGCGUGUAAUGUGAUAUUUUAUUUUUGUUUUGUACGUCUUGACUUUUGAUUUUAGUUUAGUUUAGUAAAAACACAUUUUGUUAUUCAUAUCAAUAAAAAGCUCGGUGAUGAGAAACAAGUGCUUUUUAACUUAUACCUCAACUCCAUAUAUGUCCAUUUUAUUUUCUGAUACAUUUGUUAACCACAAUAAAUAAA